CAUCCCCAUCCACAAACAGAUUUGCGGUGCUGCCUGUCGGUGUGUUGUGUUUACAAUAAAAUUUCGAUCCUGUGAAAAAAUCGUGAAUUAAUCCACCCCACAAGCGUCCAAAAUGUUGAACGACACGGAUUUCGUCGACCCGAAGAACGUGGUCAAAUGCCGGGAGCUUCUGUAUCGGAUGAUGAUCAGUCAACUUUUCUACGAUGGGCACCACCAGGUGGCCGUGGAACUGACCGGUCUGGUCCGGGCGGAUCCUCCCUGUCCGCCUAGCGAUCGGCUUCUGAACAUUUUCCGCCAGGCGUGCCAAAUCGAUUCCAACAAGCCGACAAACGUUUUCGACGAGGUCACUUCCGGACUGGACCUGGAGUUUGAAAUCGAGAGCAGUGCCCUGGCCCCGGAACCGGCUUCCUACGAGACGGCUUAUGUUACGUCGCACAAGGCCGCUUGUCGGGCGGGGUGCUUCAGUUAUGACGGGCAGCUGGUGGCCACCGGGAGUGUGGAUGCUAGUAUUAAGAUUCUGGAUGUGGACCGAAUGUUGGCCAAAUCGGCGCCGGAUGAGCAGGAACCUGGAAGGGAGCAGCAGGGUCAUCCGGUUAUCAGGACAUUGUACGAUCACACCGAUGAGGUGUCCUAUUUGGAGUUUCAUCCGAAGGAUCAGAUUUUGGCUUCCGCUUCGCGUGAUCACACCGUGAAAUUGUUCGAUAUCUCGAAAGCUUCCGUUAAAAAGGCGUACCGAGUGCUGGGCGAUUGCGUUCCAGUUCGUUGUUUGGCGUUCCAUCCCACCGGGGAUUACAUGGCCGUAGGGACGGAUCACCACGUCCUCCGGAUGUACGACGUUCAGACGGGCCAAUGUUUCGUCAGUGCAAUCCCAUCCCAACAGCACACGGAAUCGAUCACUUGCGUGAGAUAUGCUCCGAAUGCCAAGGUUUACGCUACCGGAAGUAUGGACGGUUCCAUCAAGCUGUGGGACGGCGUCAGUGGCCGUUGUAUCAACACAUUCGCCCAAGCGCACGACGGAUCGGAAAUUUGCUCCGUAGUAUUCACACGCAACGGUAAGUAUCUCCUGUCCUCCGGAGAAGAUUCCCUGGUCAAAUUGUGGGAACUGAGCACCAGUCGGUGCCUAAUUGCUUAUACCGGAGCCGGAACCACCGGCAAGCAAGAGCACCAAACGCAAGCCGUCUUCAACCACACCGAGGACUACGUGCUCUUCCCGGACGAAGUGACCACAUCGCUCUGCUCCUGGAACUCCCGCAACGCAUCCCGUUGCCAUCUGAUGUCUCUGGGUCACAACGGAGCCGUGCGCUUCAUCGUCCACUCGCCCACCCAUCCGGCAUUCCUGACUUGCUCCGACGACUACCGGGCGCGUUUCUGGGUGAGAAGGUCUAAUUCGCACUAAGAGGCAGCACCAAGAGGGGUGUCACAUUUCACAUGAUUUGGAUGUAGGUUUAUCAACUGAAAUAAAGCUUAGAUGUAUGUGGACUAACAA